AUGCCAGGUGCAAUCACAGAAACCAAAUCAACGCCGUGGACAGUUGCUGAGCAGUUCGUGGAAGAGAGAAUCAAGUUAAAACAGGGUAACUCGCGGGUUGCGUUAGCGCUGAGAAAUGCAAAAAUACAUCGACCUUCAUUGUAUCUUUCUGCCAAAAAGUCCUUCGACAGAGCUUUGGGACGCGAUGAGAUCAACAGGACAGCGGAUAAGAAAGUUCCGAAAAAGAAAACAAACUCUCGCGAUUACAAAACAGAACGCUCUCCUCAAACUGAGAGAAAAUCUCGGAGGAACACACCAAGCUGUAGGAGUGGGACUGUAACAGAAACUUCGGGAUCAAGACUCGAGUCCGCCAAACUUCCUAACUCUUCUUCUUCAAUGUCAGAAGAGACGCCGGACGCCAUGUUAGAAAAUCCUUUGGGAGAGAGUGUACAUUCUUCCAAAACUGACAGAUCGGACAACGCUGUAACGUUAAAAACUGUGAACGUAAAACCGUGGGAAAAUGAUUUUGUGAAAACUCCGUCAAACGCUGAGCCAAUCUCGGGUGAUAUCGAGAGAGAAAAGAGGAUGGACAGAAAUAUUUCUCGUCUUAUCGAACUUCUCCACGAAUGCAAUGAACGUAGAAACGACGACAUUAAACAUUACUCCGCGACAGUGCAACAGAACAACCAGAAACUGCUCAAGCCUGGACGGAUAGUUUAUCCCGAUGGAACUUUUCCGCGUCCUGACAAUCUGGAUAAUGGUUUUCUUUCUGGGGUGUUGAGGAUCAGUUCAAAAACGCCUCCCAAUCCUCGGUGCUUCCAUCGACUUCCCCCGGUACUUCAGCAAACCAUGAAUAAUAGUUUUUCUUCACUGAACAAAAACACUUUAAGCUAUAGGUUACCUGCGUUGAAGAAUGAUUGCCAUGUGUGUUCAGAAUGUCGCCAACUGGAUGAAAAGAUGUUAAGAAACGCCAACAGCGAGACGGAAUCAGAGCAACUCAAACGCCUUAAACGUAAACUAAAGUUGAAGGAACGCGCUUAUGUGGAGCAAGAUCUGGGUGUUAUUUAUGAAAAGCCCCCAGCUCUAAGGGUUGUAGAAAAUGAUGUGCCUUGUUUGGGUUUAGAAAAGCAAACGGGGACCAAGCUUGGUGAAUAUUUGUCGCUGCCAAAGCUGUAUCUAUCGCAUCAUUCCACAAAUGCCACUAGCCCUCAAAAGUCAAGAAAAACAAAACCAAAAACCAUCGAUUCGGUUAGAACCGUGGAUAGUUGGAGUGAAAAGAAACACCAUUGCUAUAAAUUGGCAAAAACUGAGCACGUGAACAAUACAGACCCUUCUAAGGACAAAAAGUCUGCAAAAGCAAUGAAAUCAAAAGAGUCUAAAUCAGGAAACAAGUGCAAGAGUUCCAAUGCUGAUCAACCGAGAGUUUUGUUGACUCCAUUACGAGGGUUCACGCCGCACUGGAGUGAUUUUUCAGAAAGCCCCGAUCCUAUGUUGUGGAGAGAGAACGUUGAGACAACAAAACAAGGCAUUGACCAUGGCCAAAGAGACGCGGAAAAAGAAUAA